AUGUCUAGUAAUUAUGUUCAAGCUUUUAUAUAUGAUUUUAGAGAUGAUCCUGUUCUUCACAAGAGCGGAGAAAUUUCAUCAGAACUACUUAACGCAAUCAAAGAUUCAAAGAUGUUUGUCGUUGUUCUUUCAGAGGACUAUGCUCGGUCAGCCUGGUGCCUCAACGAGCACGUAGAGAUCCUUAAUUGCAAGAGGACGGUAAAUCAGGUUGUUCCCGUAUUUUACCAUGUUGAUCUGUCAGAUCUACGACACCAGAGAAGAAGUUUUGGAGCAGCUCUUGAAGGUCAGAAAAAGCGUUACUUGGUUUACAGGAAGGAAUUGGAGAUCGUUGCGGAGAUUGUGGUCCGGCAAGCAUCUACAAAAGUAUUACACCUUGAUGAACAUAGGGAUAGAUUUUGA